GUGCGCCACACACGCCCGAGUGUGUGCGAGGGUGUGAGAGUGGUGUGUGUGUGUGUGAGUGUGAGUGUGUGAGUGUGUGUGUGUGUGUGUCAAUGUGUGUGAAAGCCACCACUAGUCGCCCCCAGUGCUCUUCAGUCUCCACUCUCCCUUCUCACCGCAGACUGAACGUCACGUCCGCACUUGAACUUGAGUUUUCUCCCAUUGUAGAAGCCAGAGAGCCGCACAGAGCCGCACAGAGCCGCACACAGCCCGGGGAUGCGGGACUCUGCAGCUAGCACAAAGAGAAAAGAGGGUGGCAGUCUGUCCUCAAACCAGCAGUGGGCUUUGAUUUGAAGAGUUAAAGUCUAACCCGCCCGCCUGGCUGGCACUGCCAGUGCAGCAGAAGAAGUGCCCACCACUUGGCGACACCUCGAGAAGUGCCGAGAAGAAAAUUGGAUUCCUAUUUUACACACUUUCACACGUUAAUUGGCGUCCUUUCACCUGGUUUCUCCGGACAGGGACGCACGGUGUCCAGGGUGGCCGGAGAGUGGACACCGGUAGUGACUGACCAUCAGGAGGUGACCGCCGACCUCCCGUGUCUUGCCGCGUCUCUCCUCCACUCCGCUCCGCUCCUUUCUCCACUCUCCUCUGAUAGGUGGUGCGAAAGCGACGGAAGGAAAGCCGGACUAUCCCCCUCCCUCACCGCCACUGUAGAAGGGAGGCGCGCAACCACUUUGGCACCGAGCUCCGACCGAGCGCCCGGCCGCCCAGCGCUGCGCCACGGCCGGUCACCGCAGAGCGCAGGAGCCGCUUCCCGCUGGAGGGAGAUCCGUCGCGCCGGGGUCAGUUCGAGGGCCACAUUUGGGGCCAGUGCAGAGCGGUCACUUUGGGGUGGCCAGUGAGCGGCCGGUUUUGGGGUCAGUUUGCGGCCGGUAUACAGGAGCAGCAGGAGGAGAGCCGACCCUUCCAGCGCCGCUCUCCGGGCGAUGCCAGUGUAAAUGCCAGGGCGAUGUCCCGACGCAAGCAGGGGAACCCACAGCACCUGUCCCAGAGAGAAAUAACACCAGAGGUUGAGCAUCCAGAUGGCGGCCUGCUCUCUGACUCCCUACCCCCCCACCCGCUCAGCCUGCCUUCCCACGCGCUCGGCCUACCUCCCCACCCUUUGGACCCAAGUCUGGCCCACGCCCUUCCACCCGGCCUCCAUGCCGACCACGACCUGCUGACCUGCGGCCAGUGCCAGAUGACCUUCCCGCUGGGCGACAUCCUCCUCUUCAUUGAGCACAAGAAGAAGCAGUGCCAAACGCCGCUGCUGGCCAAUGGCUGCUACGACAAGAUGACUGACCGGGGAGGAGGAGGAGGAAGUCCGACUCUGCAGAGCCUUCAUCACCACGCCCAGCGGUUGGAGCUGAGGAAGGUGGUGGAGCCGGUGGAGAUCGGCAUCCAGGUGACACCAGAGGAGGAGGAGGAGGUGGUAGGAGAAAGGGGAGGAGGUGAGAGGGGAGCGAGGACGCCCAUCAAAGGAAUUUGCCCCAAGCAGGAGAACACAUCGGCAGGUGGCAGAGAUGAGCCUUCCAGCUAUAUAUGUACCACAUGUAAGCAGCCCUUUCCCAGCGCCUGGUUCCUGCUACAGCAUGCCCAGAACACCCACGGCAUUCGCAUUUACCUGGAGUCCAACCCCUCCAGCACAGCCCUCACCCCACGCAUCACUAUGCCUCCACCCAUGGGCAACGACUCCAUCCCGCAGUCCCCCCUCACCAACUUUCUUGGGGACAACAACCCCUUCCACCUCCUGAGGAUGACGGGCCCCCUGCUCCGGGAGCCCCCUCCAAGCUUCGUGGAGAGCCGCCUCCCUAACACACCUCCAUUUGUAAGCCCACCUCCCCGCCACCACCUGGACCCCCAUCGGCUAGAACGCCUUAGCGUAGAUGAAAUGGGCCUCAUCUCCCAGCACCCCAGUGCCUUUGAGCGGGUGAUGCGGCUAACACCCAUGGCCAUGGAGUCCCAGUCUAUGGACUUCUCCAGGCGGUUACGUGAGUUGGCAGGGAACAACAACAGCACCACACCACCGUUGUCACCAAGCAGGGCCAACCCUAUGCACCGACUACUAAACCCUAACCCAUUCCAGCCUGGCCCAAAAUCGCCCUUUCUGAGCACCCCUCCCUUACCGCCAAUGCCCCCAAACAGCACCACCCCUCCCCAGACACAAAACAAGGUCAAGUCCUGUGAGUUCUGUGGUAAGACCUUCAAGUUCCAGAGCAACUUGGUGGUGCAUCGACGCAGCCAUACUGGAGAAAAACCAUACAAGUGCCAGCUGUGUGAUCAUGCCUGCUCUCAGGCAAGCAAGCUGAAGCGCCACAUGAAAACCCACAUGCACAAGGCUGGAUCCCUGACAGGGCGCUCAGAUGAUGGACUGUCCACCACGAGCUCCCCAGAGCCAGGCACCAGUGAUGUCACAGGUGAGGGGAUGAAGAAUCGUGAUGGGGACUUCCAGGGGGAAGGCAAUGAGGAGGAAGAAGAGGAGGAAGAAGAGGAGGAACUUGAGAAUGAGAGUCGACCAGAAUCCAACUUCAGCAUUGAGUCUGAGUUCUUCCGGAACAGGGAGAAUGGUUCUAAACCGCCCUCAGAGGAGAAGUCAUCACUCGCCCUUGAGAAGAUGGUGGAAGGUGGGGGGCUCAACUCUAUACAGCAGUACAAUAAUUUGAUAGUUGACAAUCGUAAAAGGAUGCCCUUCUCCAAGAGGAGCUUGGAUGGCCAGCGGGAUACUGGGGACGAGGACUCAGUGGUUGGGGAGAUGGACCACCACCACCAGCAGGAAGAGAGGACAACCAUUAACGGUCGGAACUGUGGCUCCAGUGACUCUUUCUCAGGCCUGUUCCCCCGUAAGCCCACCCCCAUCACCAGCCCCAGCUUGUCCAAUUCCUCAAAUAAAAGGAUCAAGAUUGAGAAGGACUUGGACAUUCCCCCAGCACCCCACAUCCCUUCUGAGAACGUCUACUCCCAGUGGUUGGUGGGCUAUGCUGCCUCACGCCACUUCAUCAAAGACCCUUUCCUAGGCUUCACUGACUCCAGACAAUCGCCCUUCGCCACCUCCUCUGAGCACUCAUCCGAGAAUGGCAGCCUGCGGUUCUCAACGCCUCCAGGCGAUCUGCUGGAUGGCGGCCUAUCAGGCCGCAGUGGCACAGCCAGUGGGGGCAGCACGCCUCAUCUGGGUGGAGGAGCUGGCCCAGGCCGACCGAGCUCGAAGGACAGCAGGAGGUGUGACACCUGCGAGUUCUGUGGCAAGGUGUUCAAGAACUGUAGCAACCUGACGGUGCACCGGCGCAGUCACACUGGUGAGAGGCCCUACAAGUGUGAGCUGUGCAACUAUGCCUGUGCCCAGAGCUCCAAGCUCACACGCCACAUGAAGACACAUGGCCAGCUUGGUAAGGAGGUCUACCGCUGUGACAUUUGCCAAAUGCCCUUCAGCGUGUACAGCACUCUGGAGAAACAUAUGAAAAAGUGGCAUGGAGAACAUUUGAUGACCAAUGAGGUCAAAAUUGAACAAGCAGAGAGAACCUAAACCAGGUUUCCCAUUUCCAUACUCUGCGCCACUCUUUGACUUAAAAAAUAAACAAAAUGGGGUAGCUGGAUACUCUUUUUCUGAAAUAUUAAUUUUGGGUUAAUUUUGUGUUUUUGCCUAAGAAACUGCCAACUGAGAAAAAAGUGAAAACAGAUCUUAACACCAAUUGAAGCUGUCUAAACUGCCUCAUUUGGCGUUCCUUUUUAAACAAUCAGUCAGUUGAGUUAUAACAUAUGUGGAGCCUUUAACUGUGCAAUAAUUUCUGUAUUUAUUGGAUUUUGUAUUUUGGCAUGUGCAGGUACAUUUUUAUUUAGGCAUAUUUUUUAAAAUUUGUUUUAUUUUGAUUUUGUCUGUUUUUUUAAAACCCACAUUAUAUCCUGAGAGUUUUUUAGAAGACAAAAAAAUCCAUUUUAAGUAAUCAUUUUUGGCCGCUGCUUGUAGGAAAUUGUAUAUUAAGCUACACGUGUGAUUUCUUGAAGAGAAGCUGAAUUCAAUCUUCAAUUUGAAAGUGGCGUUAACUGAGAAUGCUAGAAUUAGUCUAUUUUGUGUGAUGACGAUACGCGGACAACAAUCCUUUGGCAUUGUAGCAUGAACUGACUCUAAGACAUGUCAAUAUAAUUGGAUAUUGAGCAUUGAGUGUCAUAUUUGAGAGUAAAUCUAAAAUCAAAGAGGAUCCCAAGGUUCAUAAACCCUGUCUCUUCCUGAGAACAUCAUUAUCAGCCAGAUUCUAUAAGGCAGCUGCUGACUGGUACUUAGUGCCAAGCCCUGACAACGCUACAACAACCAACCAUUUCUUCUGCUUCACCCCCUCCACUUACUACCAUCCUACAUACAUUCAUACAUCCAUGUAUUAUAUUUUGCAUGAAGCCAUAUGAUCUAGGCUAUAUUAUUUAUUAGGCAUAAACUGAGCAUGAAGCCAUGCUAGACGAGUACAUAGAGAUAGAUGGAAGAAUGGGACAGAGUAAGCACAGGGACAUCUCAGGGUGAGCUAUACUACUUUUCUUUAUUUACCUAUUCAUUCUUAUGUUGCCCUUCGGCAAACAACUUUCAAAGGAUUUCAAUUUCAUCAUCUGUUGAAAUAAUUAGGGCCAGUUGUGUCCUUUCCAGCAUCCCUUGCUGUCCCCUGCCACCCCCCCCUCCCGAUCCCACCCCACUCCCCAUUUCAAAGUGAUCAUAUGCAUUUAUAUUUGAAGUCACUGCUUCUAGUUAUAACAUGAAUUAGUUUAGAGAGGGCUAGAUGUAUGUGCAUACAUGGCAGUUGCCACAAAGAAAAUUUAACUCUCAGAUUUUAUUGUCAAAAUUUAUAAAAAUCAAUGCAAUGCAUUUGUGUUAAAAAAUUAGUAGUGAAUUUUGACUUGUACUGUCAUAGUGAUUCUAUAAUUGUAUAAGAUUAAUCUGAUUAUUGGAGUCAUCUCUCCGGGAAUCCAUUAAAGUUUCACUGUUAGUUGUGGGACAGUUUUGUCUAGAAGAGGAAAAUGUGUCAGUGUGCGCUUAAAUAGUAAGACAAGCAGCACCGCUUUGCUCCAUGCCCCCUUUAUUAUUUUGAUUAUCACAGCCCCAGUUUUCUUUUCUUCCACCUUCAUAGUGGCACUUUUAUUAUUCUUUUGAAAUCGGAUCUGAUUGUAAAAGAAACAUUCAGAGCUCUUAACAACAGGCCCGCACUUUAUGAUUUUCCGUCCGACACACACAGAGAGCUGGACAGAAACGGUACUAAAGGGUCUAGAGCUUGGGAUCUCCUGACACUGAAGUGCCCAGGGUUGUUAGGCUUGGCUUUCCCAAUGCUGGCACUAUAAAAUUGAAAAUAAAAAUAAUAAUAAUUUAUUUGGGACAGUUUUUGUACUGCCAUUCAAUUUGACAUGAGUGUGCCUUGAAUAAUGAUCUUCCUAUUUAUUGUCUCAGACAAAUGCAACACUUUUUAUGAAGCAUCAAAUUGAACGAGAAAAAAAAAAUUGUAAAAUUGUGUUAACUUGAAUGUGUAAUUUGACAUUUCAACAGAAUUAUUUAAAUUAUUACACAUAAAACAAUGCUGAAUUUAGGUUUAGGAGUACCCAGCACAAUAUUGAUGUGUCUGUGUGUGUAUAUAUGUAUGCAUAUGUACAUAUAAAGGCACAAACCUAUAUAUAGAUAUAUAUCAAAUUCCUCACUCAUAAGGAAAGACUCUGUCCCUCAACAGAAAAUUCCAGGAGUGGACAAAAGCCACACAAAAAGUCAAGGAAGAGACUGGAUAAAAAUCAGGAAAUGCAGAAACUAAAAAAAAAGAAUUUAGUGCACUCUGUCUUAAAAUAAGUUUACAGUAUUGAAACAAGUACAAGGGUAAAAUAAUAUUUGUGUGUAUGUGUGUUUUAAACAAACGAGUAUUUUUUUUUUUCCAGGUUUGCUUCUAAAGUUUCUCUGAAUGCCGUAGUGGCGAUGUGUAUAUUGUUUUUUUUUUCCCUUUUUCCUUUUUUUUUUUUUUUUUUUUGGUGACGG